UCAACAGCCGUACAGUAGUGCAAUCAAUAUGUGAACUAAAAAGAACAAAAAACCACUUAAAUAAAUGAGCUAAUAACUCACAAUGGGUAGGGCAAAGCUAUUUAUUAAACUACUCGUAUAUAUAGUUGUGUGGAAAUUCAAUGAUGUUGCGAAAGAAGCACAGGGGAUGACCAUGGCUGGUCACUAUGAAGCGCGUGGUGCAAAUGAACACGCUCACAGCAAAGAUCCGCCAUGUGCAGUCUGUCCGCGAAAUGGAGUUUGUGUGCCCCACGUGCAGUGUCCGGCACACGUCCGUCCCGGUUCAAGCAAUCCCCAGUGCCACUUAGAGGGCACACGGCACGUUGGUGUGUGUUGUUCAACUGGAAGACGUCAUGCAGGGGAAUCAGAUCGUAAGUUCAGAUCUUCAAUAAACAUAGAUGAUAUGAAGACGGCCCACAAGCAGUCCCGUGAACAGCUAGCCGAAUGGCUGGAGCGCGCUGAUACACUGAAGGACAAACAUUAUGCUGCCGUUAAUUCAUCUGAUCCAAGUUAUUGGCAUCAUUUGUCUGUUAGGACGUACGAUAGCCGAGCACAGAUGUUGGGUCGAGGUGCUUUACUCAAUAUGUUCGCUGCUCAGGAAUUGAAGGCACGAGCCGCGAUAACUGCUGAAGAAAUAGAGCUGGGAUUCACCGAGCAUACUGAUGGCCCAUUCUGCCCUCCGAAACUUUUAUGUCCACAAGAACCAAGUCGAUAUAGAAGCAUAGGAGGCGGUUGUAACAACCAGAACAACCCGGAUUGGGGUGCUACCAACACCGGCUUCGAAAGAUUAUUGCCACCAGAUUAUAGUGAUGGUAUUUGGGCAAUGAGGACUUCCAGAUCAGGAUUACCACUUCCCAGUGCAAGAGCAGUGAGCAACGCUUUACUUCUGGACGUUAAUCAUCCCAGUGCCACCCAUAACGUGAUGUUCAUGCAGUUCGGCCAGUUUAUUGUUCAUGAUAUAAGCAUCGGCCAAGUGUUUGCUUUAGGUGAUGGUAAUGGAAUCUCAUGUUGUUCUGGAGAUGGAAGAAUACUGCCAAAAGAAUUUCAGCACUGGGCUUGCGCUCCCAUAGUUCUGGAUCCAGGAGAUAUUUUCUACGGCCAAUUCGGAAAGCAAUGUAUAAAUUUUGUCAGAGCACAACUUGCGCCACGCAGUGAAUGCUCUCUUGGAUAUGCUAAGCAGAUGAAUGGCGCAUCUCACUAUUUGGAUAUGUCCCAUCUCUAUGGGAAUUCCGAAGAAAAAAUUCUCAAGUUACGGGCACAGGGUGGACUUUUGAGUGUAUUUACCGAUUUCGGAAGAGACUUGCCACCUUUGACAAAGAGAAGGGAAUGCUUGAAUAUGCAUGAAGGAGCUGCUUGUUUCGAAUCAGGGGAUAAUCAUGGCAAUCAGAUAAUAUCCCUAACAGUCCUGCAUGCUAUAUGGACGAGAGAACAUAACAGAAUAGCCCGUGCCUUAUCCAAAAUAAAUCCUAGAUGGGAUGAAGUCCAAGUGUUCUUUGAAUCUAGAAGGAUUAUGCAAGCGGAGUACCAGCACAUUAUUUACAAUGAAUGGCUGCCUUUAUUACUUGGUCCAAGAAUCAUGGAAAUUUACGGUCUAUUACCAUCUUCUGGUUUCUCUACUUCAUACCACCCGGGCGUUGAUCCAUCACUGACUGCAGAGUUCUCUAGCGCGGCAAUGAGGUUUGGGCACUCCACAGUCGAUGGCCAAUUAAAAGUCCUAAGUCCCAAGCAUGGAGGGUUAUAUGAGUCUAUUUCAAUACCAGAAGUGAUGUUUCAACCUUCAAGAUUACGUUUGAAGCCUUUUUUAGACAGAAUGCUAAUUGGCAUGUCUUGGCAGCCUAUGCAAUCAGUCGAUCCAUUUAUUACUGAAUCCCUAUCGCGAUACAUGUUCCACGGUGGUAAUCCCUUCGGGUUAGACCUGGCAGCUAUCAAUAUCCAGCGCGGCAGAGACUAUGGUGUUCGUUCUUACAAUGAAUACAGAAAAUUAAUAGGAGUCGAACCACUUGCUGAUUUCCAUCAAUUUGCUCCAAGUGCUGCAAAAAGAUUAUCUUCUGUAUAUGUAAAUCCUGAAGAUGUAGAUCUCUGGGUUGGAGGACUUUUAGAAGAACCGGUGGAAGGUGGAGUUAUUGGACCGACGUUUGCCAAUAUAAUAGCUGAUCAAUUUGCGCGUUUGAAGAAUGGAGAUCGCUAUUUCUACGAGUUCGGUCCCAAUAUUAAUCCCGGCGCGUUUACACCGAGUCAACUCGCAGAAAUCAAGAAGGUGACGUUAUCCAGGAUCAUAUGUGAUAAUAGCGACGGAAUAGAACUGUUUGAACAAUCACCGAACGCCUUUUUGAGAUCAGAUUUGCCGCGGAAUGAACCAGUUCGAUGUGAUAAUCCAGCUAUACCUGCAGUCGAUUUAAGUCGAUUCAAAGAAAUUUAAUCAUUUUACAAUUAACUUUUAAAUAUCAAUAUUAAUCAUCUCAUAUCAAAACUAGUUAUUAACUAUCACGUAAGAAACGUCAUGAAGAUAUUGUGUGAUCAUCAAAAUUCAAUUCAAUAACAUUGCCUGCAUCUUACUCUUUCUUUUCUAUAUCUCCAUCCUUUUCUUCUUUUGUUUUAUUUAUAUUUGAUUACAACAAUAUGAUUAUGUUACAAAAGUGAUCACAAUGUUUUUUUUAAAUUCGCAUGUCCACCUUUUGUGAUACAAUCGCUUGUUGUAAAUUAUACUUGAUUAUUUGAUUAACGCAAAUCAGAGAACAGCGAUUUUCCAAUAAAUUUUAGGUUAUUUUUUAGUUUUUCUCUUUGUGGAUAUUGUAAAAAAUAACCUGAAAUGUUUUACUUUUGCCUUUUAUGUCCUUCAAAUAUUUCAUCGUUUUAUUUUGUUUUUUAAUUGAAUUUUGAUUUGGAUUGUUACUGAACCCGGUUUAGUGAUUUUUUCGGACAUAAAAAAUCCAGAAAGCGGGAGUUUUGUAUUGGUAAGUGAUAGUAAAUAACUUAGGUAUUUUUAAGUGUACAGUAAUUAUAAUUUUGUUGUAAUUAGUAAUGAAAUUGGUUCAUUUUAUACAAAAGAAAUCAAAGCCGAAAAUAACGAAUGAAACAAAAUAACUCUAGAUGCCUUCCUUGUUCCGAAGCAACCAAAAAACCUUUUUUACUGAUACGUACUUAUGUAUACUCUGUGAUAGGACGACCAGAGCGGUGUUGCCAUAACUUAAUUUUAAAAUAUUUUUAAAUGCUUUUAAUGGGUUAUUAAUUAAUAACUUAAAUUCAAAAAUAUUUUACUAAUUGAUGUAGCUUUUAAGAGGCAUUUUAUAUUUUUAAAUUUGUAAUGAUGUUUUUUAAAAUGUAUGAUUUUGUUCCGAAUUGUAAUCAUGUAUUUAUGAUUAAAAUAAUUUUAAUCUCAACGUACUGUAUAUAAUGUGUUUUUUUUUUAAUAGGAGCUCCGCCGUUUAAUUAAUUUUUGUAAAAUAUAAUUUAAUUGAUAAAUCAGUUAAUUAUGAAAACUUAAUCCGAAUCAUGUUAGAAAUAAAUAAAUAAGUGAAUAGUUGUAAGUUUGUUUGCGCAUGUAAUGUAAUUAAAA